GAGGGCCUGAAGCAGUGCCUGUCCGAAUUCCGGCGGGAGCUCGCCUGGGUGGAAAGGCUUGAUGUGACUUUGGGCCAGGUCCCGGACCCCACCAUACAGAGUACUUCUAACAAAGAUGCUCUUGAUCCUGAGAAUGAUUUCCAGAGAGAGAUGAGCUUCUACCGGCAGGCGCAGGCGGCGGUCCUGGAAGCCCUCCCGAGGCUACAUAAGCUCCAAAUUCCUACUAGAAGGCCGGAUGAUUACUUUGCAGAGAUGGCCAAAUCAGACCAACAGAUGCAGAAGAUUCGACAGAAGCUUAAGAGUAAACAGGAAGCAAUGGAGAGGUCUGAGAAAGCGAAACAGCUCCGUGCAAUGAGAAAAUAUGGCAAGAAGGUGCAAACUGAGAUUUUGCAGAGGAGACAAAAGGAGAAAAAAAAUAUGUUGAAUGCUGUCAAGAAAUACCAGAAAGGUCUCUCUGACAAGCUGGAUUUUCUAGAUGAAGAGCAGACGUUGUCUCAGGGGAAUAAAAAAGGCAAUGCAAGUCAACGGAUAAAGAAAGGGCCAAAUGCCAAAAGGCGAUACAAGAAUCAGAAGUUUGGUUUUGGUGGGAAGAAGAAAGGCUCAAAGUGGAACACAAAGGAGAGUUUUGAUGAUGUAUCCAGCUUCCGGUCAAAGGUGGCUCACAACAAGGGCCCACGAAGAGGAGGAAAAAAAGCCCUAAAUAAGAGACCUGGAAAGAGAGCAAGGCAGAAAAUGAAGAGCCGAGCACGAUAAGAGGACUGUGCUCCCCACUGGGGUUCUUAAGUUUCUGUGCGUGGCAAGGUGUGUUUCUGCUGUCAUCAAGCAGCUAACUGUGGAGCAAGGCUGGGUGCUUCCAAGUGGCAAGGCAAAAAGUCAGUGGAAACUUGUGCCUUAGUGCCUGUUUUUGUUGAAGGAUUGUUUUCUACUUAAAACCUUUGGUGUGGGAACGCAUUAAAUGGUUUGCACAGAACUAUGUCAAAUUUUUGUUUAGCUGUGUUAGAAAUGAUGGCUGAAGCCUGCCCUUUGUUCUUUUCAUUCUGACAGCUUUUUCCAUAGCUGUUGUUGACGUGUACUUGGUGAACUUGAGUUCUGGGUCAUGUUGCCAAUGUCAAAAUAAGAAGUCUGGAG